UAAAUAAAGGUCAAGGUACUGUCACAUGAUUUGGUGUUUACAAUGAAAUCUCUUGAAGUUGAACAAUUGAAGAAAGAAAAUUUUAGUUUAGAUUGAUGUUUAUGUGUGUAUACACAGAUUUACCAUAGGCCAAUUUGAGAUGAGCAUGUCUGGUGGAAACAUCGAGUACUCUGGGGAGCAUAGUGCUUUCACCCAUUCAGAGAAAACAGCACCGCGGCCAAUUGUUAAUGAGAUCGGCAUCAGAAACUCCCUGACGCGGUCACUGGAAGAACCACGCAGCAAGCAUGAAGAACAUGACACACAGCUGGAACACAGCUACGUCAUGCUGCCUCACCCAGAAAAUGAUAUCGAGGCUCACAGAAUAUCCAAUAACUAUUUGUUUGGGUUCAAGAAGUGGAAAAGCCAUGUUACAUCUCGCCCUCUGUCAUCGCGGUCAGAGAUAGUUCAGGAUCUGUAUGCUGAUAUCAACAAAGUGAAACCUGUUAAAGUAACGACAACCCGGCCGAGUAAUAUCAUUUACCUGCUGCUGUUUGGUUGGUGGUUGGCAUUACUCUAUCUUCUAGUCAGUGCUCUCAUGUUCCUUACAUACUUCGGUCGGGCUUACGGAACAUUUUGCUGGAAGAUGGCAAAGUACUUUUUGUGGCCAUUUGGAAAGUUUGUUCAUCAGAUUCACACAGUGCCACUACAUGCUGUGGCUAAAAGCUGUGAAAACACAACUUACACUUACCAAAAUGGCCAUGACAAGGUUGAUGAAUCCACAUCACUGAUCCGGCAGAGUACAUGUACCUCACAACCUGAAGAGGUGGUCACUAAAAGUCCAUCCUAUGGGAUACUGAAACGGCCAGUCACCUAUUUGUGGUUUAUUCUUGGGCUCCCUCUUCUGUUGAUUGCUCAUGCAGUCAUCUGGGGGAUCAGCUGGAUGUUUGUUAUUACCAUACCCAUUGCAAAGCUUAACAGUAAGACAAUCACAAAAAUUCUGUUUUUGUCCCCAGAAAAAGUUGAUAUUGUGGAGUGCAGUGAAAUGACACUGGACUCUAAAAUGCUGCACAGUGAGAUCAUAAUGUUCACUCAUCAGUCAAUGAAUGUUUACUACUACAAGUACACAGUCGAUGGGGUUAACGUGUUCCUCGUCAACUUGCUGGUGUUUGUUCUGCUGGCGACCGUGUUGGAGUUCGUGGACAAGGACAACAAAAUGAUCGGAGGAGCUGCUAAAUGUAUACUAGCAGUGUUAGCUAUUAUUCCAUUAACAUACUACAUUGGAAUGGCAAUAACAAGCAUUUCUGCUCAGAGCAGUUUUGCAAUAGGUGCAAUACUGAAUGCCACGUUUGGCUCCAUAGUGGAGAUUAUUCUGUAUGUCAUAGUGCUCAAAAAGAACAAAGACACAGGGAAGGAUUGUUUCCAGGAACUUGUCAAGUCAUCACUGACAGGUACAAUCCUUGUCAGCAUUUUACUGAUUCCUGGAGUGUGUAUGGUGGUUGGAGGGAUCAAGCACAGAACACAGAUCUUUAACCCUCGAUCUGCCAGCAUCAGUGCUGCUCUGCUCUUUGUUUCAGUUGCAGGUGUGUUUGCUCCCACAUUAUUUGCUAAGAUAUAUGGGACUCUGCAGUGCAGGCACUGUGAGCCGAUCUCUGGCAACUCAACAGAUGCUGACAAUGUGACAAGAAAUACUACUGCAGGAUUCCAGUGUUCUUCCUGUCAACAGUCUGUUUUUGGUUUAGAUGGAGACAAGACUCUGUACAACAAACACAUAGAACCUCUGGUGUACGGCUGUGCCUUGGUCUUACCCCUGGCUUACAUCAUGGGGCUGGUGUUCACACUGAAAACCCACUCCUCUCAUGUAUAUGGAGCCUUUGAAGAGCAACAGAAGGCAGAGAAUUCUGAUGGUAUGCAUGGUGCCCCGCAGUGGUCACGCAUCAAGAGUACAAUUAUUCUUCUCUUCUGUGCGGUGUUCAUUGCACUCAGUGCUGAUACCAUCACCGACAACAUCGAACCACUCGUCGAGGCUUCGGGUGUAUCAGAGUUGUUUGUUGGAGUGACUAUGCUUUCUGUGAUACCAGAAUUACCAGAGGUUGUGAAUGGAGUACAGUUUGCUUUGCAAAACAAUGUUAACCUUGGUAUUGAGAUUGGCAGCUCAACAGCUAUACAGGUGUGUCUGGUACAGAUUCCUCUGCUUGUGCUUAUCAAUCUCAUAUAUCCUAUGGGCUUAAUUCUGGUUUAUCAGGAUGUACACUUUUGGGCUGUGAUCUUUUCUGUUAUUGUCAUCAACUACAUCUUUCAAGAUGGUAAAAGUGAUUACUUCCAAGGGUCUAUUGUUGUGCUGAUCUACUUAGUGCUGAUGCUCAUGUACUUCUUCACCAUCACACCACCAGAAGCAAAGUGCUAAUGGCAUAUUGCAGACCUGUCAACCUUUAGUCAAGAGAAAGCAGGAGGUGUGUGCUGAAAAAGCAGGAGAUUUUUUAACUGUACACGAUUUAACACAACUUUUUAAAAAGUACUACAAGAAGUUAUAUGAACACUACAUAAUGUCAUGUAUACUUGUCAACCUUAGUUAUUGGUAUUAAAAUUUAAAAAAAACUAAACAAUUAUAUAUAUAUAUUUUUAAAAUUAUUUUUCAAUAUUAUUAUAAUUUAAUACAUAUUUUUAAAAAGAACUCUUUUAUCCAAAAAUCUUAACACUAACAAAUUUAAACAUUAAUUAGUACAUUUACGGUAUUACGCUUUACAGGUUGCAUCAUCGUUAUUUGUGUUUCGUGAAAAGUAGACCCUAGAGAAAUUUAUAUAGGCCUAAAUCUUAUAAAUUAAUAUUCAGUUUUUACUACAAUAAGGUACAAUGGCAUUGUACUUAUUUAAAAUCACUAUAACCAUGCAAUAAACAUUGUAUUU